AUGACGCGUUUCAUGCUCAGCAACAACUAUUUUAGGCCAAAUCACCAGAAAGGGUUUUUACCCGGGAUUUCUGGAUGCCUAGAACACAACACCUUGCUGUCGGAGAGUUUGAAAGAUGCUAGAAAAAGCGAGCGGCAAAUCACUGUAUGUUGGAUAGACUUGGAGAACGCGUUCGGGUCGAUACAACACGAAUUGAUGCUAUUCGCGCUUAGAUGGUACAACUUUCCACCCCUAGUUAGAGAAAUGAUCGCGUCGUAUUACUCAAAAUUAAGGUUUUCUAUAAUAACUAAAGAAGGCCCUUCAAAAAGUUUGAGUUAUAAUGUAGGACUGUUUCAAGGUUGUUGUCUAUCUCCAAUUACGUUUAAUAUCGUUAUUAACAUCCUAGUAGACAAAUUAAUCUGUAACGAGAAAAAAUGGGGUUAUCGGUUUAAGUUUAAUAAUAAAUACACGGAAUCCAUUUUAGCCUUCGCUGACGAUCUCGCAAUACUGACACGUAACCCCAAACACUGUCAAGUACUAUUGGAUGAAGUGGAUAAAUUCUGUGAGUGGACGGAUGGAUUGAGGACAAAACCUAGUAAAUGUCAUUGUCUGUGUCUUGGUAGGCGGAAUACAAGAUAUACCUCAUACGAUCCAGGACUAUCGUUAGGCGGUCAAUGCAUUUCUACGGUUACGGAAAAUGCACCAUUUAAAUUUCUCGGUCGUAAGAUUGAUAAUAUAGGCCGUACUCCAUCUUUAGAAGGAAUAGUAGAUAGCUUUUUGAACGAUCUUAACAAGGUAGAUAGCCAACUGAUAAGUAACGUCAAAAAAGCAUGGAUCUACGAGAAUUACUUAACUUCACGUUUGAAUUGGCCUUUCCUCGUCUAUGAUUUUAAUAAAACCCUUUUGUCAAAGUUAGAUGCAGGCGUCAUAAAGAUGUUGAAGUGGUGGCUCGGGCUCGCUCUAACGGCUGAUUCAUCGGCGUUAUUUAGGGGAAGCAAUAGUUUUGGGAUGAGUCUAAAAAGGCCAUCGGAGCUCUAUAAACACCUAAGAGUUUCCAAGAGAUAUAUCCUGGGGAAAUCCCAUGAUGACAUAGUGACAUCGCUCCCAAAAGAUGAAGAUGCCCCCGAGCUAGAGUCACGACUUCAAUUCCAUAAGCAAUUUAUGAUAGGAGCACAAAGUAACAGAGCGGGGUUAGGAUCAAAUAGGAAAGUCCAAGAUGCGGAUAUAUUGAAUCUUUUAUUCGGCAAGACGAGAAUGAUAAAUAUAAGAUCCAUGCAAUGA